AUGAUUUCGAAGAUAGAUCCCGCUGUUGAGUCCAACUCUAACGUCCCUGUGGCCCAGUUCCUUCCUCAAAUUUAUAAGGACUCUCUUGACGAGAAGGUCAUCAUCAUUGUUGGUGGGGCCAAUGGCAUUGGUGCAAGCCUUGUCCAGCUGUGCUGCUCAAAUGGAGCUUAUGUGAUAAUCGGAGAUGUCGAUGACUCCCGCGGAGAGCGGAUGGCCAGCAAGUGCGUUGAGAACUGGCCUGUCUACUGGGACCCUUCUCAGCCUCCAAAGCCACCACGUUCCGUCUUCCAGAAGACAGACGUGACAGACUACCAGGCUGUCCUGGACCUCUUCGAAAAGACUUUCAAGAAAUACAAGCGUAUCGAUCACGUCGUCGUCACUGCUGGCAGUACUGAGACCGACGAGACAUGGUUCGAUCACACCCUGAACCUCACCCAAAUCCGCAAGGCUCCAUCGAGCAAAGACAUCGAUGUGAACCUAGUCGGAACUCUCUAUGUCACCCGCAUCGCCAGCGUUUACCUCCGCCACAACCGCGGCCCCGGCGUCGACCGCUCCAUUCUCCUCUUCUCCUGCGCCGCCGGCUUCAAGGAGACCCCUGUUGUGUCCGUCUACCAAGCCGCCAAGCACGGUGUCCAAGGACUUAUGCGCUCUCUCCGCUCCAACCUCAAUUCGCCAUACAGGCACAGCAUCCGUAUUAACACUAUCUGCCCUUGGGUUACCCAAACCAACAACAACUUUCCCAAGACCGUGGCGGCGCGCUGGACAGAGGAAGGCCUACCCAUCAGUCUUCCCGAGGAUGUGGCCAAGGUUUCCGCCGGCGUUCUAUGCGACGACUCCCUCCACGGCACCUCCAUGUACGUCGCGGGCACCCGCGCCUGGGAAAUCGAAAACAACAUCGACCGUCUAGAAUCCCAGUGGCUCGGCGAAGAGCCUUCCCAGAUCCUCGCCCAGGGGCAAAGCGUUCUAAUGGAGGUGUUUGCUGCGUGA